AUGGGGGCUCCUUUAUCAACAUGGCCAUGGGAGAACCUUGGAAUAUUCAAGUAUCUAUUGUAUGGGCCGUUUGUGGCGAAAGUCGUGUAUGAAUGGUUCUAUAAUGAGGAACACUCCUACUACAACCUCAGUUGGUGCCUUCAUUUGCUUAUACUAACUGGUCUCAGAGGUCUAAUUCACGUGCUUUGGGGUUCUUAUAGCCACAUGCUUUUUCUCACCAGAAAUCGACGGAUUCUUCAGCAAGGUGUUGAUUUCAAGCAGAUUGACAAAGAAUGGGACUGGGACAAUUUCUUAAUUCUUCAAGCACUAGUUGCCUCCAUGGCCUGCUAUAUCUUCCCCUUUCUUCAGCAUCUUCCUCUCUGGAACCUAAAAGGUCUUAUUGUUACUUUGAUUCUUCAUGUGGGAGUCUCCGAGCCACUUUAUUAUUGGGUACAUAAGAGGUUCCAUGGAGACUAUCUUUUCACCCAUUAUCAUUCACUUCAUCAUUCAUCUCCUGUACCAGAGUCUUUUACUGCUGGACAUGGAACACUUUUGGAGCAUCUUAUUCUGACGGUAGUCAUUGGAAUCCCCAUUCUUGGGGCUUCUUUGAUGGGAUAUGGAUCAGCAAGCUUGAUAUAUCUUUAUGUUUUGACUUUUGAUUUCCUGAGAUGCUUGGGCCACGGCAAUGUUGAAAUUGUUCCCCAUCAGUUGUUCGAGAAAUUCCCAUUCCUUAGAUAUGUGAUAUACACACCAACAUAUCACAGCCUACACCACUCUGACAAGGACUCUAAUUUCUGCCUCUUUAUGCCUCUCUUUGACGCACUAGGCAAUACCCUCAACAGAAAAUCAUGGCAAUCACACAAAAUAUUAAGUUCAGGUUCAGGAAACAGUGACACGGUACCCCAUUUUGUUUUCCUGGCUCAUAUUGUUGAUGUGUCAUCCUGUAUGCAUGUUCCAUUCGUCCUGCGGUCCUUUGCUUCGUUACCGUACACACCAUUGCACUUCUUGCUCUUCGGCUGGCCCGUUGCUUUUUUAGUUUUGCUAGCAAUGUGGGUUUGGUCCAAGACCUUUUUAGUUAGUUUCUACAAUCUUAGAGGCAGAUUGCACCAGACAUGGGUUGUACCUCGGUGUGGCUUUCAGUAUUUCUUGCCAUUUGCCACUGAGGGAAUCAAUAAGCAGAUUGAGCAAGCUAUCCUCAGGGCUGAUAAAAUUGGGGUUACAGUCAUUAGCCUUGCUGCAUUAAAUAAGAAUGAAUCGCUAAACGGUGGUGGAAAGCUUUUUGUGGACAAGCACCCAAAUCUCAGGGUUCGAGUUGUUCAUGGGAACACGUUAACCGCUGCUGUCAUACUCAAUGAAAUCCCUCAAGAUGUGAAAGAGGUGUUCCUAACGGGAGCUACUUCCAAGCUUGGAAGAGCAAUUGCUCUCUACCUUUGCCAAAAGAAAGUCAAAGUUCUGAUGUUAACUCUUUCAACAGAUAGAUUUCAGAGGAUCCAAAAGGAAGCCCCUCUUGAAUAUCAAAGUUAUCUUGUCCAAGUGACAAAAUACCAAGCUGCACAAAACUGCAAGACCUGGAUCGUUGGUAAGUGGAUAACACCAAGAGAGCAAUAUUGGGCACCACGUGGAACCCAUUUUCAUCAAUUUGUUGUCCCACCCAUUUUAUCAUUCAGAAAAGAUUGCACUUAUGGUGAUCUGGCAGCCAUGAGAUUACCAGAAGACGUAGAAGGACUUGGUAGCUGUGAGUACACAAUGGAUAGGGGAGUGGUUCAUGCUUGCCAUGCGGGGGGAGUGGUACACAGCCUUGAAGGUUGGUCUCAUCACGAAGUUGGAGCCAUAGAUGUUAACAGAAUCGAUCUUGUGUGGGAAGCAGCUCUCAAACAUGGUCUAAGGCCAGUGUCAAGAUCCACACAGUAA